AUGCAUGCAGCAGGCCUCUUCUUCUUCUACAUGCAUGCAGCAGGCCUCUUCUUCUUCUUCUACAUGCAUGCAGCAGGCCUCUUCUUCUUCUACAUGCAUGCAGCAGACCUCUUCUUCUUCUACAUGCAUGCAGCAGACCUCUUCUUCUUCUACAUGCAUGCAGCAGGCCUCUUCUUCUUCUACAUCCAUGCAGCAGGCCUCUUCUUCUUCUACAUGCAUGCAGCAGGCCUCUUCUUCUUCUACAUGCAUGCAGCAGGCCUCUUCUUCUUCUACAUGCAUGCAGCAGUUAACUGCUUUCUUCCUGGUUCUCCCCAGUACUCCCAGGCCUCCACAGUUCUGUCUGCUGGAGGGAUCCGACAGCAGUUCUCUCUGCCCGAGAACAUCCACCUCUCUCUGGCCUCCGCAGACUUCAUGAGGAACAUCAAUGAACACCUCGGCGUGCUGAAUGAAGACCCGGUGGACCUCCAGUUCAACCAGUCAGGAUACCUGUUUCUGGCCAGUGAGGAGGUGGCUCACAUCAUGGAGGAGAACUACAGCACCCAGAGGAACGCCGGAGCCAAAGUGUCCCUCCUCUCUCCGACACAACUGAAGGAGAAGUUUCCGUGGAUGAACACAGACGGGGUGGUGCUCGCUUCACACGGCUUGGAGAACGAGGGCUGGUUCGACCCCUGGACUCUGCUGAACGCCUUCAGGAGGAAGGCCCUCUCCAUGGGGGUCAUCCAGUGCUGUGGAGAAGUCACAGAUUUAAAAUACACAACCAGCCGGAUUUUAUCUGCUGACGGUGAUGAAAUGGAUCUCAGGAGGAUCGGAUCUGUCAAAGUGCAGAUGCCCAACAGUCUGGAGUACCAGCCGGUGGAAUGUGCCAUUGUGGUGAAUGCAGCGGGAGCCUCUUCUGCUCGGCUGCCAGAGAUGCUGGGAAUCCCUCUGCCCGUGGAGCCGCGCAAAAGGUAUGUGUAUGUGGUCCACUGUCCUGACGGUCCAGGUCUGGACACGCCCUUCCUGGUUGAUUACUCUGGAGUGUACUUCAGGAGAGAAGGCUUAGGAGGGAACUACAUCACCGGCAUGUCGCCAGAGGAGGGGGAGGAGCCAGACACCAGUAACCUGGAGGUGGACCACCAGUUUUUUGAGGACAAGGUCUGGCCCAGAUUGGCCUCUCGUGUUCCAGCCUUCGAGAAGCUGAAGGUGACGAGUGCGUGGGCCGGUUUCUACGACUACAACACCUUGGACCAGAACGGCAUCAUCGGGAUGCACCCGCUCAUCAACAACAUGUACUUUGCCACCGGCUUCAGCGGCCACGGCCUGCAGCACUCCCCCGCGGUGGGUCGGUCGGUGGCCGAGUUGAUCCUGGACGGAGACUUCACCACGCUGAACCUGAGCGGCCUCGGCUUCCGGCGCGUUCUGGCCCAGGAGCCGAUGCUGGAGCGGAACAUCGUGUAGAGGAGGCCGGGACCUGGACGCCUUCACGCUGCUAAUGCCACAAGUCUCACAACUUUGGUCUCCAUCUUUAUAGUUGUGAACAUAAGUCCUAUCAGUGAUGAAUGGGUUUGAACUCACCAGGUUAAUAACUCAGAUCUGGUGGAAAAAAACACUAACUUUUCAGAAAAUACGAAGUGGAGAGGAGGUGUGACAUUCUGUCAGAGCCUCAGAGGGAGCGGGUCUGGGGGGUUGGACUGGGACAACAUAACCCACUUUGACACCAAAGACUUCCUGUCUCCUAUCGACAGUCAGCGGAGGAAGAAGUACUCCGAUCUUUCUAGUGAAAGGAGCAAUAACAGUGUAGAAAUACUCUGAAUGCAGGACUUUUACUUGUAACAAAGUAUUAGUAUCUGGGCUCCACAGUAACGAGUUCCCAUUGUGAGAAAUUCUUAUAAAAAAAUAGGGACAGCAAAAUGUACAUAUAUAUAUUUUAUAUAUGUGUUGCAUUAGUGAUAUUUAAAUACCGCUGGUACAGUCACAACCAGACGACCGUCCAUGUGCGUCAUCUCGCAUUCAUACAGGCGAAGAAAUUACGUUUUUUGACUGUUUGAUGUUUGAUGAACCCGUCAAAUGUUCAAAUUGAUUGAACAGACAAAAAAAACGAUGAACUUGAAGGAAAGACAAAAAAUAGAUUUUAUGCAGAUUGGCCUAUUUUAGAGUAAUAGAUGUUAUAUUAUUUAAUAGAUUUAAUGUGUAAGCAUCACUAUAUGCUGACGGGGAGCUGAAUCUGUAAUAAUAAUGCAAAACAUCUGAAUGUACGAGUUGACUUUUAUAUAUUUUGCAUUAAUCUGUAAAAAUGUAAAUGGAUCAAAUCAAUGUAGUGCAGUAAAAAAUACAAUACCUCCCUCCGAGCAGUAACAGAAAAUUGAAAUAGUACAAGUACCUCAAAACGUACAAUAGAUGUAUUCUGUUGUUGUGUGAGACGUUGUGCACCAGAUGGAGACAUUUCUGUGGGAUUCUAAUAACACGAGGACCAUCGUCAAACUGUUUCAGCUCAAUUUUAAUUAACGAGGGAGAGAGAGAAGGGAUCAGGGCCUCAAUAAAAUAAAGUACCUUUUUAAAAACCUUCAAGGUUUUUCAAUUUCAAACUCCAAACUAAAGAGAAAAUAUGUUUUUGAGGAACAUGAUUAAUAAAAAGCACCUAAUUCAAGACCCUGAUACACUUAAAUUAUUAAUGAUUUUUAAAGACGGGAUGAACGCUGCGUUAAUGGUAUGCAUAUUAAAUCAUGGUGUCGGUUGGUCUAACAGGUUAUUCACCCAAUGUUAACUUUGAAAGCUUCGUUAAUAUAGCCCAGUUUAAUACUCCUCACAUAUUAAUGUGUCUCAUGUGGCACAUUAAACGUUUCACUGCUCUCAGGAUCAACAAUAACAGCUCAUUUCUUAGUAUUUAGAUUAUUCGAGUAUGUUGUGUAAAGAGUAAUACUUUCUAUAGAGCUUUGAAUGAUGACCUGAUAGAAGUAGAAAUGUCUCAGAUCGGUACUACGUAUUGGUGUUUAUUUACUUUGAGAAUGAAAAAACUUGGAUGGUUUUGUUUCCAGACUUCUUGUCCCUUUACUUUAACUAAACUUUACUGAACAUGCUUGUAAUCACAAGUAAAGGUCCUGCAUUCGAAACCCAAUUUAAGUGAAAGUAAAGAAGCUACUGUCAGCAAACUAAAGGUAUCAAAAGUCAAAUGUGUUCUGCAGAAAUCUGGAUCCUGGGAGUGUUACACGAAUAUAUAUGACAUUAUUAAAGGACGCUCAUUUUUUAUGGUAAAUAUGAAGUUAUUCAGCAGAACCGUUAGCUUAGCUUAGCACAAAGGCUGGAAACAGCCUGGCUCUGUCCAAAGCACCUGAACCUGAACCUGCAACCCAUCUCCUCUAAAGCUCAUUAAUUACCACCUGUGUUCUUGUUUAAUCCGUGCUAAAAUCAUAGUUUUACGUGGUUUCAUGUCUUUGUUCGGGACCAGUAACUGACCCAGCAAUGUUCCUUUAAUACGGAAAACAUGAAUGCAGAAGCUUUGUUAUUUUAUUGCUGUAGCUGCUUGAGGUAGUUUUUGCUGCUUUAUGUACAGUUAGCUAGUUUAGUUCUGCGGGUCCCUCACGAGAUAAAUCUGACGGGUCUGAUUUGUGUUAAUUUCUUUCAUCUUUGCUUUAUUGUGAAUUAUUGGAUAAUUUGACCUCUAGAGGGGAAUGUCUGUUUGGUGGAACCAUUUUGUGUGGUCUGUAGAGCUUGAUGGUGCAAACUGUGUUGUGGUUUUCUCAUGCAACUAAAGAACAACCCCCCCCCCCCCCCCCCUCAUAGUGACACCAGCAACCUCCACAUGUUAACUUCCUGCAGCAAAAUGCAGCACACCUGCAAAGAGAGCGACACAUGCAGAGGAGUCACUGGAAAAAAAACGAGAAGUGUUGGUACUGAAGUGGAUUAUGUUUCCAUGAACUAGACAAUAAAAAGCUUAAUAUCCGCUCA